AUGGCCUUUUACAAACGCACAACACACAAAGGCAAGGUGUUGGAGGUCGGAACAAGAUGUUCGUCCGAUAAGAGUUUUUAUCGCAAUAUUGUCAAAAAAAGUUCGCCAAAGAGCGCACUGAGUGUACGCAUCCAUGGUGUCAUCAUUCCAACCAGCCUAAAAUCUCACGCCAAUACUACUUGGGAUGUCGUAAUGCAUGAUACAUUAAUCUCCCGUUUCUAA